GCUACCUGGACAAGUUCUUGCUUAGCUGCUGGCAGCUUGAAACACCUUGCCAACCUCGUGGUUCACGGUCGCUUAGCCAACGGCUUCGCCUUGCUGCGCCCGCCGGGUCAUCAUGCCAUGCACUCAGAAGCCUGCGGCUAUUGUUUCUUCAACAAUGUUGCCAUUACGGCUGCAAGCUUCUUAGAUCCGCCGCCAAAUGUGCUUCAAGUGGAACAGAAG